AAUGUCCAAACAUUUUGAUGAAAGUGUUCCAUAUGACCACACCAUCGGCGGCUUUAAGAAAUGCGUCUAUUGUGGAGAGUCACCUCAAAAAUUUCCAAACGAGCUUAGUCGGCGCGAAUAUCAAGAAAUAAGUGGAAUUUGUGCAUGUUGCUGGGAAAUAAUGACACUCCCCCCUGACGAAGGAACCCAACAUGCAAAGGAAGUGCUACGUUUCUAUGACCGUGAAUUCUUUUUAAAGAAUGACCCGCCGCAUGCAUGGAAAUGUCUUAAAUGUGGAGAAUACGUUCAGGGAGAAAAGCUCAGAAAACCGCACAUAUGUGCGACUGAAGGA